CAAUACAUUUGGAACUCUUCUGAGUUGUGCUGCAGUCUAUCAACAGUCUGUGAAAGAUGGAAAUACUUGGUUCUCGAAAGAUUAAACAAUGUUAAAUACUUGACAGAUUCAUUGGAAAGGGAUUGUUAUCCUGCUAGUUAUACUAUGUUCUUUGAGGAUGGUAAUCGAUUAGAGCGAUUAGAGCUAUUAGAAUGGUUUCCUAGACUCAAGAUUUUAGAUGUUGAAAGAAAACUUGAUAAUGAUUUCAUCUCGAAUGUAAAAGUCAAAGGACUUCAAUUUAAAUGUGACUAUUAUAUUGAUUUGGAAGAUGUCACUUGUCAUAAUCCAUCGCUUGAAAUGUUAGCGAUCAAACAAUUAUCGGAUUUUUUCGCCAAUGAGAUCCAAGGACCAAUAAUGAAACAAUUAUUCGUAACCAGUUGUAGUGUUUCUGAAUUUGCCAGUUAUGCUAAAUAUUUUCCGAACUUGAAACGACUCCACAUUCAAAAAUACGGGAGCUUCCUUUUUGAUGACGAAUUUUAUGCUGGACCUGUUCUUGAAAAACUUGAGAUUUUAGAAAUAUGUUUUCAUCUUGAACAAAACGGGCAACUAGACCAUUAUCAUGGAUUUAGCCUUGCAGAUCAUUGUCCAGCUUUGAAAAGUGCCUUCCAUUAUAUUCAAACUGAUAGAGAAUUUUUCGUCAACAGUGGAAUCAAAAAUCAUUUCUUACAAGAUUUAGUUCUUCAAUUUCAUGAACAUCAAAAUUGGUCAGUUUUAAGACGCAUAUUGAGCAAAUACCCAAAUUUGAAACAUUUGGCUAUAAGAGGAAACUCGGACAUAUCGGAUAAAAAUAUUCCCGAACUUUUAGAGCUACUUCCUUGUAUUACUCUUAUUGACAUCAGAUACUCUCUAAAAGUAACCGAAAAGUCAACUGAAUAUAUUGAUCGGUACUGUAGACGUCGUAAUCGUUCAAUCUCAUUUUACUACCAAAAAAGGCCCAAAAUAACAAAGAAAUGGCCUCAUUUAUCAACAAAAAGUGUGCGAAUCGGUCGUGGAUUUGAUUUCAUGAAAUACUGUUUUCUCAGGCAUUAUGAUGAUUUGCCACUUUUACUCGAUCCUGAUGAAUAAACAACAUUCCUUAGAGAAAAUA